GGCGGCAGCGGCGCUCAUAGAGGAGGAGCUCCAGAAUAGCAUGGCCCUUUCUGAGGAGGAUGCCGAUUUCGAAGAGGACGAUGAGCUUCCAGCAGACGUGAGGGAGGCUCACGCUGAUGCUUUUGCAGCGAAUAUCCAACUUCAGAAUGGGAUGCUCGAGGAGCGGGGCAGAGACCAGGAUAAUAGGGACGGACGGGAGAGAGAUGAAGAGGCGGUCACUGAUGAAGACGCCGAGGGAGAGGAGGACGACGAGAUGAUCGAUCCAGGGACAAACGUUCACAACGGCAAAGAGGGUACGGAGGAAGCAGAUGAUGAUGAGGAUGGAGAAGGCGUUGGCGCCGUCAAAAUCCAGCCUGGUCUUUCGGAAGAGGACGAUGAGGAUGUCCUGCCCGGUUCCGACGAAGAAAGCGCUGCCAGUAUUGACGAUGACGAUGAUGAAUCCAAAGAUUCAACAGAUGCAGAGGUAGAAGCACAAUGGGAGCCAGCCGCUGAGGAAGAAGAAGAAGAGCCUGCAAAUCCCAAUCGCUGCAUAUUCUGUCAUCAAGAUGAAGAGAAUGACCCCAGCGAAGAAUUUGAGCUGUACCUAUCUUGCGAUGUUUGUGGUGACAAUGCACAUCGGCAAUGCGCCCGCAAUGCUAAUGCGCUCAAGUCGGAAGAUGAAGCAGAACAUUGGAUCUGCCCAGAAUGUGUCACCAACCAUCUACAGCCCGACCCUGCUGCUGCAGAACCGCAGGAUCCAAGCGCAAGAAGAAUUUCAAGGGACAGAGUUCCUGGAGAUCUUCUACCAGCGCAGCGGGGCACAGUCAAGCCUGAUUCGCAUUCUGUUUUUAACCAGCUGAUCGCGCCUGAAGAUCCCAUGGAUGGAUCUCGUCUGCUGCGGAAGCGGAAGACAUCUUCUGUGGACACGGAAGCUGAAGAAGCAUCUCGUGCAUCCCCGAUAAGGAGACGGCAACGUGAUAAAGAUCUCACUUCUGGUGACCCUCACCUUCCCCAGCCAGAAAAAUCUCUCGUAGAAAGCAAGGAGGAGAUGGAGAUCGACACCCCGGCCGAGCCGCUUGUAAAUGGCAACGACAAGAAAUCCGAACAACCAGUGAGCCCACGCGCAUCAAGGUCCCUGAGACCAAAGCCAUCAUCAAGUAAUACGCCUGUCAGUAUUACAGAGAAGACAGCGACCAGCAUCAAGGUAGUGUUCCGUAUUGACCCAGUGGAGCUUCGACACAUUGAAUCACGGCCCCCUAAACCGAAGAAAAAGAAGAACCGUAGUGCCUCUGCACCACGUUCAUCAGCUCCAGUUUCUACUUACGUCCCACCUAGCUAUUCUCAGCCAUUCUAUUCUCUUCACGACAGAGAGAUGGAUGAGUUGAAAUCAAAACCAUACGGCGGUAUCCUCACAGAGGCUGAGGCCAACACAACUGUCACACUUCCGAAACCUGAGCAUCGACGGCAAUUUGACGAAGCACGGCAAAAGGCCGAAGAAGAAUGGAAGGAGAGAGUUACAGCUGCAGCCGAAGCGGCUGCAGCGUCUGGGGUCAAGAAAGCACGGAAGGUAUCUGGCCCCGCAAGUCAAAUUGAAUAUAUCGAAUUCGGGCAAUAUCAGAUCGACAUCUGGUAUGCCGCUCCCUACCCAGAGGAAUACAGUCGGAAUAAGGCGCUCUUCAUCUGCGAAUUCUGCCUCAAAUAUAUGGAAUCCGACAUUGUUGCGUGGCGGCACAAGACCAAAUGCCCGUGGAAGCACCCUCCUGGCGAUGAAGUAUAUCGCGAUGGAAAGAUCAUGAUUUUUGAGGUGGACGGCCGCAAGAACCCCCUCUACUGCCAGAACCUGUGUCUCUUAGCAAAGUUAUUCCUCGGCUCAAAAACACUCUACUACGACGUCGAACCAUUUCUAUUCUAUGUCAUGACCGAAUAUGAUGAGCUGGGGUGCCACUUCGUAGGCUACUUUUCUAAGGAGAAACGGCCUAGCAGUCUAAACAACGUCUCCUGUAUUCUCGUUCUUCCCAUCCAUCAGCGGAAAGGCUAUGGGCAUCUGCUCAUAGACUUUUCUUACCUCCUGACCAGGGUUGAGAAGAAGACCGGAUCCCCCGAGAAGCCGCUCUCCGAUAUGGGACUCGUCUCAUAUCGAAAUUACUGGCGGCUCGUUCUAUGUUACUACCUCCGAGAUAUCAAACCCGGCGAUCAGAUUCCUAGUAUUAAGACGAUCUCAGAUACAAUGGGUCUGACACCGGACGAUGUUAUAUCGGCUCUUGACGCACUAGGUGCUCUGAUUCGAGACCCUGUCACGGGCACAUAUGCGAUGAAGUUGAAGACUGACUAUUAUCGAGAGGUUAUACGACAGCACGAGGCGAAGGGCUAUGCGAAGCUGAACCCAAAAGGAUUGGUCUGGACACCAUAUAUCAUGGGACGAGGGAACGCAUCCAAUUUCGAUCUUCUACCACCACUCAAUACUGUUGCACCGAGAGAUGAGGACGAGAAUGAAGAGAUGCUCGACCCAACCAAGCUUUCCAAUACAGGCAAGCGCGACUUUGAUACCUUCAACGAAACCAGCGGCGAUACAUACGCUGUCACAGAAUCUAUGGGCAAGCUGACCACUACAACCGGCGAGCUCACCAGAGCACUCUCCAUCGAGGGCAGCAGUGGGAGAUCAGCAUCCAUACCGAAGCUGAAUGGCACGUCGAAGAAACCUUCAUAUUACGAAGUUGCGGCCUCCAUCCCGGCCACCCGCUUCGAAGUCUUCCCCCCUGCCCCCGGCACCCGCAAAAGCACCGUCCUCUCCCGCCCCUCCACCUCCCGCCACCGCUCCUCCAUAGGCACCACGCCCUCACGCCCACCGCUCAAACGCACGCCCUCGCGCAACUCCCCCGCCCGUCCCCGCAGCUGCACCUCAUCCAGCCGACGCAACGGCGGCACCGGGCGCGGUCCCGGGCGCUGGCCGAAAGGCACCAAAAAGAGCGACUUCGGCAACGCCGACAGCGGGCCCGGGCUCCCUCCCUCGUCCCGAUCGCGAAGCAGCCGUCUCGGAACCGAGGUGCUGCUCGGCGAAGAAGCCGCCGACGACGACGACGACGAGUAUAAACUCGAGAGCGUGGAACCCUACGAAGAAGAAGACGAGGAAGAGGAAGAAGCAGAAGAGCAAGAAGAUGAAGAAGAUGACGAAGAUGCGAUCCUCUUUGAGAAACCACGAACGCGUCGUGAGCCUGCGAGGAGAGGACUGGGCAAACCACCGCUGAAUUCGCAGAAUUUGGGAAAGGGCAAGGGCAAGGGGAAGGGAGUCUUGGAUGAGCAUGCAGACACGGAGAUGGAUGAUGCACAACCGCUGGUCAUGGGCGAUAUAGAUGUUGAUGCCGAGGGGGAAGAUGAGUAG